GUCGCGACGUCCACUUGCCAGCUCCAGACUCCGGUUGAGCGCCAGAAGACAGAAAAUUUUCAGUUCCGCGAACGGAAUGGCGCGCAAAGGUUCCAAGGGCUCCACGAAGACCCCAAUCGACCCGCACACCCUGGAAAUCAUCCACGAAUAUAUACUGGGUGUCGCAAACGACAGUUCGGAUCUGAGGGAGCCCCAUCUAAGGCCCUCCUUGACCGAAACUUACGAGCUCGUGAUUUUCGCUUUCUCCCUGCUUAUCGUUGUUGGUUUUGUGUCGAAUUUGAUCGUUUUUUACGCGAUCAUCCGUAGGAAAAUGUACAGGGAUACCACGCAGGCUUUCGUGCUAAACAACGCUAUUUGCGAUAUUGUUAAAUGUUUGUUUGUGCUCCCCUUGUCUGCUUACGUUCUUCUUGUGCAGAACUGGGUGCUUGGAGAAUUGAUGUGUACAUUCUUACCAAUGAUACAGGAUAUACCGAUGCACGUGUCAACCCUUACGUUCACCCUGAUGGCUUGGGAUCGCCAACGUUUCAUACGAAACCCUCAUCAGACUCGUUUUCCAGCUUUCGUCUGCUGUUUCGGAACAUGGCUAACUUCGAUGUGUCUGGUACUUCCCUACCCUCUAUACAUUAUGUACGUGGAUAUUGGGAAUUACGUGGAAGAAUUGAUCGGUGUUGGGAUUUGUAUUUACAAUUUGGUGGACGAUAUGGAAGAAUAUAUGCGAGGAAUAUUCUUGACAAUGUACGUCGCGCCCAUGAUCUUGGUUUCCUACAUGUACGUCAGAACGUCGCAAAAGCUGAGAAAUAGGAUGAAAACCAGUGCGAAGGGUGUGAGAAUGUCCGCAGAGGGUUACAUCAAUGGACAUCGACUCCUACAGAGGGAUACAAAAUUUGCUGAUGGCAGUAUCAACUCCAGGAGCACCAGUGAGAACUACCAAGGGAACGAGGAAGACGUUGAACAUAUCCCGAGGAGAGUACCAAAGCUGAACGUCCUUCAAGAAAAACGUAAUCAGGGGUACUUGGUGUUCACAGUUUCAGUCUACGGGAUAUGCAUGUGUCCCAUCAUGGUACUGAGACUGGUGAGGUUUUAUCUGGUGGAAACUUACGAUAGCAGUGGUAUCAUCGACGUUGUCUACACUGUUUUUGUGUGGAUCGCUUUUGCACCAGUCUGUAUCACGCCUUUGGUUCACAUAGUUUGGCAGUUUUCUUGUCUGUACGAUACACCGAGAUGUUUGAAAGGAGCAGAAAUCAAACAUUCUGGCGACACUGUCGACAUUUUGGAUUCUGCAUUGUCUGCUUCGUUUCAAAGGAGGUUAUAUUCGGACGAUCAGCAACCUUUGAGUACCGGGAGCUCCUCACUGAUUGAUGGAAGUAGUGGAUCAUGUCGAGAGAGUUGA